UAGCAGGAAUUUUUUCAAAAAGGAAACUAAUAAUCAUCAAAGCACCGAGACAGUUAACAAACCUUGGGAUUUAGAGAUGGAAAAAGCACUUAAGAACGCAGCACUAGGCAUGGCAAAUGUAAAGAGACCCCUUCCAGAUAUACCAGUUAGUACAAAGCAAAAAGAAGAAACUGCAACCCCCAGGCAACACUACAUUUGGAAUAAGAACAACUCAAUGGAAGGCAAAGCAUUCUCCAUCAUAUUGGCUUUUAAAGGCAUAAUUAUGGUUGCAACUAUUGUGUUAAUAUCAUUAAGCGAGGAAAUUGCCAGGGCUAAAUCAUGUGAUUUAGAGAAGGCUCUCAAAUCAAUCAGUUUAAACUAUGAUUUUCCCUGUAAAUACCACGACAUAAAGGAUAAUUCUACAACUCUGCGUAAUUUGGGAAUAGCAUCCUUGGCUGUUGACUUCAUAUUUUCCCUUUUGAUCUUGAUUUUCCCGUUGCUGUUUUCAAUAUGCAAACUGCUAGUACGCACAUUUCUUCCGCUCGUUGCAAUAUUUUCGGUAUUCAUGAUCAUGGAAUAUAAUGAUAUUCUUAACUCAAAAACAGCGGAAAAAAAUAUGAAUUAUGUUCAAUUACAAUCAGAUCUGACAAUUUGGCUUGAGAAACAUUAUACUUCUGAUGAUAUCAGUAGUAGUGAUGAAAUAUCGAAUAGCUGGAAUAAGUUCUUUAUUGAGUACGACUGUUGUGGUAUAAACCAAGUUCAAGGAACGACCAACGACUUUGACAGCACUCCAUGGUGUACAACAUCAGGUUCAUGUCAGGCAACAUCAUCCCAGAUCCCAAAGACCUGCUGCAAUGAUGUCUCGGAGGACAAUUAUGGAAGUGCACCAACAUUCUGUCAUUCCUCUGUAAAUCCUGGGACUUUUAAAUCGAACUGCAUGAUCCCGAUCAGGAUGCUAAGCGUUGUAGGCAUUGAAGAGUACCAUGUAAGCCUGCUUCUGGCCUUCUUACUAAUUAUUGGGACUUUAAAAAUAGCUGAAUUACUCAUUGAAUUGUCGCUGAUAUCAGUACAUAUUUACUUUUUGGUCGUUGGAUUUGAAACAAAAUCAAAAUAAGAGAAAGAGAAGAUAUACACUGAAAAUAAAACGAAUUGAAAAACAGAGUAAAGUAUGUAACUUGUAUGAAUGCUGAUUUUAAUGCAU